AGACAGAGUGAGAGGGGAGAGAGAGAGGUGAAUGGGCACGACUCCGCCAGCGGCACUGCGCCCUUCCUUCCUUCAGUUUAUCGAUCACCGAUCAGUUCAUCGAUCAGGCUAGCCGGAGCUCGGCUAUCCACAGCGGGGCGAUGGGUCUGGUGUGAGCGGCUAGCGGAGCUAACGGCAGCUGGCGGCGGAGCGACAACAAGGAAGCGGACUAGCGGCUAGCUGAAGCUAACGUGGCUAACUGCGGGCUAACACCUCUUCUAAUGAGCGGCCGAGGAGUAUGCGACCUGAUACGAAGAGCUGACUUGUUCGGGCAUGUCGGGCAGUAAGGCACUGGGCGGGGGGGCUGGCGGGGGGGCGCGGCGCAGGCGGACGCGGUGCCGGCGCUGCCAGGCCUGCAAGAGGACUGAGUGUGGAGAGUGUCACUUCUGCAAGGACAUGAAGAAGUUUGGAGGACCCGGCCGCAUGAAGCAGUCCUGUCUCCAGAGACAGUGCACGGCGCCCGUGCUGCCUCACACGGCGGUGUGUUUUGCUUGUGGCGAGGCAGGGAAGGAGGACACGGUGGACUCUGAAGAGGAGAAGUUCAGCCUCUCUCUGAUGGAGUGCACCAUCUGUAACGAGAUCAUCCAUCCGAGCUGUCUCAAGAUGGGUAAAGCUGAAGGAAUCAUCAACGAUGAGAUCCCAAACUGCUGGGAGUGUCCAAAGUGCCACAAGGAGGGCAAAACCAGUAAGGACCAGGCGGACGGCUCGGGGAAGCGGCGGCUGGAUAACGGCGAGGUCGGCCGCUGGAAGCUCACAGAUGACCCGCCCCCCAAGAAGAAAGCCCCAUCCUCCCUGGAGGAGGGGGGGAGGAUGGAGGGGGGGCACAAGAGGAAGAAGGAGAAGGAGCUGCCACAGGACAGCGGGACCAAGAAAAAGAUGAAGGCCGCCCAUGAAAAACGCCUCAAAAAGAAACCGAAGCAGGAGGCGGUGGAGUCUAACGGUCCCACAUCCUCAGCAGGAGGAGGAGCAGGAGGACUUCAGGGCACCUCCUCCUCCUCUUCCUCCUCCUCUCAGCCUGGAGGAGGAGGAGGUGGGGGAGGUGCGGGGGGUACAUCCAGCGCAGACCAGCGCUCCCACCAUCGUGAGAAGCUGGAGCGCUUCAAGAGGAUGUGUCUGCUGGAGCGUCGGCCUGAGUCCUCGUCCUCAUCCUCCUCCAGCUCCGAGUCCGACUCGGAGUCAGAGUCCGACGACUCCCUGAGGGGGGAGCAGGGGGGAGGAGGCUCCUCACCUUCGUCCUCCUCCCCCGCGCCGCCUCCUCCUGUCGUCUACGGCAACAGCAGCGGGGGGCGGGCGGAGCGGGAGAGGAGCCGCAGCGAGCGAGAGAGGGAGCGGGAGCGGGAGCGGCGCCUGGCUGAGCUCGGCUUCAGCGCCAGCGAGGAGUCGGAGGGGGAGGGGGAGGGGGGCCGGGUGGAGGACGAGGUGCGGGAGGAGGGAGGAGGGGAGAAGGCCCGGCGGAGAGGUGGAGGAGAGGCAGGGGUAGCGCCACGAGGACGCAAAGGAGGACUGCUGGAUGGAGAGGAGGAGGACACGCCCACCUCUGACAGGACCAGGAAAAACUCCGCCUCCCUCCCCUCGCCCUCGCCACUCUCCUCCAAUCAGAUGCCUCCAUCCUCUCAGCACGGCGACUUCACGGGCAAGCAACGCAGCAAUGGGCAGGAGGCACGCAACGGGCGGACACGAGGAGGGGCGGGGGUGGGGGGAGGAGGCGGGAGGGAAGGGGGGGAGAAGGAGAACGCUAGUGGCGUUCUGACCAAUCACAGACACAGCGGGGGGGGAGGGGCGGGGACUAAGGGCAGCGGGAGCCGCGGCAACAAGAUCCGUAGCAACAGCAAGAACCAGACGUCCCGGAGCAUCAGCUCCUCCUCCAACGGGGGCGGAGGGGGCGGCGGCCUGAUGAUGUCAGCCAUGGCAGCGUCCCCCUGCUCACAGCCGUCCCGCCUGGCACCGCGCUCCCAGAUGAUGAAGCGCAGCCCACCGGCCGUGCCCUCGCCACCGCGGCCCGUCCAGAUGGAGCGACACCUGGUGCGCCCGCCGCCGGCCUGCCCCGAGCCCAGCUGCCUGCCGCUGGACUCUGGCUCCGCCCACAUCAUGACGCGGGACGUGUGGCUGCGAGUUUUCACCCACCUGAGCCAGAGGGAGCUGUGCGUCUGCAUGAGGGUGUGUCGCACCUGGAGCCGCUGGUGUUGUGAUAAACGGUUGUGGACUCAGAUCGACCUGAGCCGGCAGCGCUCCAUCACCCCCCCCAUGCUGAGCGGAAUCAUCCGGCGGCAGCCCGUCUCCCUCAACCUGGGCUGCACCAACAUCUCCAAGAAGCAGCUCAUGUGGCUCAUCAACCGACUGCCAGGUUUGUUGGAGCUGAAUGUGUCCGGCUGUCCCUGGCCGGCAGUGUCCGCUCUGUGUCAGGCUGUCUGUCCCUGUCUGAAGCUGCUGGACCUCAGCAGAGUGGAGGACCUCAAAGACUCUCACCUGAGAGAGCUGCUGGCCCCGCCACCUGACACCAGGACAGCUCACGGUGAGACCAGAGUGGGACGUUUCCAGAAUGUGACGGAGCUGCGGUUGGCCGGUCUAGACCUGACGGAUGCGUCCUCCCGUCUCUUGGUGCGUUACGUCCCUCACCUGAGCAGGUUGGACCUGAGCCAGUGUGGACACAUCACAGACCAGGCAGUCCACACCCUCACAUCCCCCAUCUCCCCCCUGAGGGACAGCCUCACCCACAUCAACCUGGCAGGUUGUGUGAAGGUGACGGAGACGUGUGUCCCCUUGUUGCGGCGCUGUUCGUCCCUGCAGACGGUGGACCUGCGAUCCUGCUCCCUCCUGUCCUCGGAGACAGGACAGCUGCUGUCCUUCCCCCUGCAGACCUCUGCCUCCUCGUUCUCCUCCGCCUCCUCCUCGUCCUCUGCCACGGCUGCUGCUUUGUCCUCCUCCUCUUCCUCCUCGGCAUCCGCCUCCUCCUCCUCGUCCUCCUCCUGUCCUCCUGAAGACAGAACGCUGCUGAAGAACAGCUAAAGGCCUUCUAAUUGGUCAGAACGGAGCCCCGCCCCCUGCCUGGCUACACUACACACAGGUGAGGAGGAGGAGGAGGAGGAGGCAGCACCUGACAAGUCCAGAGUCCACAGAAGAAGAAGAGGAGGAGGUGAAAUAGAAACCUGAGCAUGUACAUAUUUGUUCUCUGUGUGUAAAUAUCUGUAGUUUACUGUAAAUGAACCUGAAACAGCUCCCACAGCACCUCCUCCCACCUCCUCCUCCCUUCUCCCAUCUCCUUCUCCUCCCUCCUCCUCCUCCCACAGCACCUCCUUCCUCCUCCUCCCACCUCCUCCUACUCCCUCCACCUCCUUCUCCACACUCCUCCUCCCUUCCUUCCUCACACCAGGCGUCCACCUGCUCGUCAGUAGCUUCAAAACAGGAAAAGUGGAGCAUCAACUUCAUGUCCAGGUUUAGUUUAUUAUGAACAGGUGGAAAAGGAAAAAAGCCAAAAAGUCCCCAGAGAGACUGACAUCUGUGGAUCAGAAUCAGAAGAGUUUAAAUCAGACAUUCAUGCUAACAGUUUCCCUCUGCUUCCAGUCUUGUGCUAAAGUAAGCUAACAGUUUCCCCCUGUUCCAAGUCUUUGUUCUAAGCUAGGCUAACAGUUUCCCCCUGCUGCCAUUCUUUGUGCUAAGCUAGGCUAACAGUUUCCCUCUGCUUCCAGUGUUUAUGCUAAGCUAGGCUAACAGUUUUACUCUGUUCCCAGUCUUUGUGCUAAGCUAAGCUAACACUUUCCCCCUGCUUCCAGUCUUUGUGCUAAGCUAGGCUAACAGUUUCCCUCUGUUCCCAGUCUUUGUGCUAAGCUAAGCUAAGAUAAACACAUCAGUAACCAGCUUUCCGUCCAAUUAUGUCACAAAUUUUAACCAAAUUUAGAUAAAAUGUGUGAAACGAAGUGACUGACUCGUUCUGAUCGGUCUGAUUGAAAGUCUGUUAAAAUUUGAGGCCAGUUGGACGAGGAGGUCUGGUCACUAUGUUUCAGUUUUUUUCUGAUGUGUUGCACAUAAAACCUACGAGUGUCUGAAUCUCCUCUGACUCUGAAAUGUAUCACUGUUGCUCUAAAAACUCUCUUUUCUCUAUGAAGUCUGGUUCCUCAGCAGACGCAUGAAGGGUUUUUAUGUGACUGUGUGAACCAUUAAUAUUAACAGAGCUCAGAUUAUAUUCACCAUCAUGUUCUGUCUGUAUUCAUAGAAUCAGACAUUUACAAUAACUGCAUAAGUUUAGUGAAAAUAUAAAAUCAUAAUUGUCCAUAUUUGCUGGCUUUUAAACUUUUUCACUGAAAUCAGAAAACAACAUAAACAGCUUUAUUAUAACCAAUAAGGUUUUCUAAAGGGAGUCUGGCUGCUUUAAUCAGAAACAUUUAAACCUAAAAGCUCAGAAUAAACAGUUUAGAUCUGACAGGUGGGACGCGGCCAGCAGUUUCCUACCGCUUCCAGUGUUUGUGCUAAACUAAGCUAACCCUGUGAAAUGUGACACUGUCCCUUUAAACGGCUCGCAGGCCAGCAGGUGUUGCACUGUGUGUGUGUGUGUGUGUGUGUGUGUGUGUGUGUGUGUGUGUGUGUGUGUGUGUGUGUGUGUGUGUGUGUGUGUGUGUGUGUGUGUGUGUGUGUGUGUGUGUGUGUGUGUGUGUGUGUGUGUGUGUGUGUGUGUGUGUGUGUGUGUGUGUGUGUGUGGCCUCUGACCUUCCUCUUGUCCCGCCCCCUCCCACCUGUCGGUCACCUCUGAUCACACUCAGUUUUAUUGAUGUGUUUUUGUUUCUCAGGAGUAUUUUUUUUUGUAUUUAUUUGGUCUGUCAGUCAAACACACAUUCCUCUGUCCCCUUCUGAUGACGCAACAUGUUUGUUUUCGUUCAGCCACAGAAGAAGAAUCGGGAGGACUAACAGAGAAACACUAUUAUCUCAGAAUCUGGUUUUACUAACUCAUUUUAAUCUUGUUUUAGUAAAUUCAGAUUCUGUUUUAAUUUAAAAAGAUUAAUUUUAUGAUUCAGACGUUUAGUUUCUAAUAAUUUCAUUUAAAAAAUAUUUAAAGUCUCCAAUGAUCCUGUCUGAUGAAGUCACGAUUGUUUAUUAAUUCAUUUAUUAACAGCAUCAAAUUGAUAAUUUGGUUAUUAAACAAACAGAAACGAAACAACAUUUGGUUCAGUGUUUCCAUGUUUGUUCCUCUUGUUGGACUCUGAGGUUCAGACGCUCAACAACUGUGAACGUCAUUAAAGGUUGACGGCGCUGCUAGCACGUUGGUUAGCUCAAUGUUAGUUCAACGUUAGCUCAAAGUUAGCAUCAGUUUCUGUUCCCUCCGCUGCUUCGUUCACACAGAAACACUGAGCAAACGCUGAAGUUAAUUUGAGAUGAGGAGCCGCUAAUCAAGAUCCAGUUUUAAUGGAUAAAACUAGUCAGAAAACAGACGUCGUUGUUGGCUAGCUAGCUUUAGCUAGCAUUAGCUAGCAAGCUAACUACGGAGUGAUUCAAACUUUCAAUCUUUAAUCUCAAUGAAAAUUCAUUCAGCUGCUAAACCUGUACCGCUAAUGAUCAGCUCAUUAGUAAGCUAAAUUAACAAGCUAACACUGACACUUUGGUUAGCAUUUUCCACACUAGCCACAUGGUACCAUGUUAGCUCUUAGUUUUCAACUCAGUAAUAAAAAUAAAAUUAAAAACAAAAUUUGAGAACAAAGAAAUAAAAGAAGCAAAAAGAGCGGGAAAACAUCCAUCAUGAUGCUAACGGAAACAAGUUAACAGCUAGCUAACGAGAGGCAGAUGACGUGUUAGCCACGGUCAGAAAAUAAAAUUGAACAACAAAAAAGUGAAAAACGUGAAUCUUGCCGUGGAAAUAAAGAUGUUAACAAGCUAGCUAGCCAGUGCUAGCUGUUGCAGGUUAUGUAGCACAUAUUAAAGGUACCUUGGCUAAGUUAUGCUAGCUGUGGUUUAAAGAAGGCAAGUCAAUUUGCUAAAGUGCUAAUGAGCUAAUUUAGUAGCUAAUUAGCAGGCUAGGUAGCGAGCUAACACAUGUUGGUUGGUGCUUUUUCUACGUUAGCCACAUGGUACCAUGUUAGCAUCAUAGCUGCAUGUUAGCUUGUCAUUAAUGUUGAGCUCUGCGAUAAUUUAUAAUAAAUAUACAAAUGAAAUCAUGUCUUAAAAAAAGCGGGAAAACGGCCAUGCCGUAAGGCUUGUCAGCACAUUAGUAUUAGCUAACGGGCAGAAAUCUUAAUUUAAAGGUUCAGCUGAAGAGUUUUAUUAUUACGUCAAAGUUCAGCGGCGGAGGAGAAACUGGUUAGCUUGUGGUGUUAGCAGCUCGCUGUCGUCCAGCUAAAUAAAAAGUAUUAAAAUAGUUUAAAUUGCCAUAAAUGCCGUGUAGUGCCAUGAACACACCAGAUCAAUGUUUCACUGUGUUUAAAGGUCAGUUUUUAUAUUUUAUUUUUUGUAUUCUGUUGCAAUUUAGUUGUUUUUUUACUGUAACGUGGGAUCAGCGGCGCAUAUCAUAGCUUCAAACCUCACCUAGCAACAAGUGAGGACAUCACAUCUGAUUGGACAAACCCCUGACUCCCUGAAAGCUCUUAUCCAAUCAGACGCCGGACAUAUCAGAAAUUAUUAAAGAUGCACUGGAUCUCUUCGUCCUCACCUUCAUCCUCUUCAACCUUUUGCCAAAUGUGGUUUUUGUUGUGAAAAGGGGCAUUUUAUCCUGUUUUGUUAUUUUUUUAUACUUUGU